AUGGAAUCAAAAGUCAACGGCAACCGAUCAGGGCAAGAGGGCUACGGUGCUUUCCCAGACCAACGGCGACUGGAUUGGACGCCAGCCAUUACCACAGUCGCGAUCCUCGGUUUCUGCUUUAUGUUCACCGUGGCCCCCUCUGGUACUGAUGAACAGGCAAUCAGUGAUCAAUCUGAACAAGCGACCGCCAGUCGUGACGCUCCUCAAAAUGACCAGCGUGUUCCCGUCAUCUUCACCCUCAUCGCCCUGGUUGGCGCCACGGCUGCACGAAUUAUCCGUAGCGGAAUACAGAGCGUGCACCAUAUCACCCCCCCAGACUUCUCCAUCGCAAACACGCUCAAUUCAAGAUGUUGGGCAGAAGUCGUUAGCCCUGUCGUGCUGAGCUUCUGCACCGUAUCGCUGGUGGAAACAAUGACGAGUUAUCUCGACGAUGCUGAGGCUAUUUGUGGCUCCGAGAAGGAUUUCAACUGGAACUUGGCCAUGGGCGACUGGGAGCAUUAUGACAAAGCCGCCGGAAUCUGGCUGAUUCACUUCCUCGUCUGCGCUAUCGCGUCUGGCCUUUUGCUGUAUCUCUGGCCCCGAUCCUGGCCUGGCUCCAGGACCAGUUGGCGAUGGCUCGUUCUGCACUCCGUGUCACUUGCGGGCACCGUAAGGGCUGUCUUGAUGGCUGGACCCUGUGUCGCGCGUACCUCGCUACAGUUCACCCUCUCUUACUCGCUAUUUACUCUUGCGGGGAUCUGGCUUGUGGCGAACUGGCGGUGUGUUUUUCGGCAAAGCUUGGACGACGUUCACAUACAAUUGCCGUUGUAUGCCCUCUCACUCUACCUCGUUGCCUGGGCUCCAGUACACGUUUAUUGUCAACCCAAUGGUUGUUAA